AUGGAAUUCGAAGAUGAGAUGUACUGCAAUGGCGCGGCUUCCUCACGGUCUAACAGCCGCCCUCCGCACCGGGCCCGCUGCCAACCCCCGCAGGAAUCCGUGAAGCAAUUCUGGGAACAGUUUAACACCAAGUACCCCGGUAAAGUGUACACCGUGUUGCCAGAUAAUCCUUAUGCUCGCACGCGUGCAAAGCGGGUGCCAAAUGGUGUGAUCCAGGGUCAUGAGGCUGUUAAAUCAUAUGAGCAGGCAAAGCGCGAGUGUGAGAAGUCCGUUGAUCGUAUUGUGAAGGAAUGUAAGCGGGUGAACCAGAAGUACACGGAUCCCCAUUUCGAUAUCGAGUUAGAUUUGAAAUCUGGGCGUAAGAAUUAUCUGCAUGGGUUGGAUACGACAAACGAGGAGAUGAGGCCUCGUGGAGUGAAGAGGGUGACAGAAAUCUUUGUCGAGCCCCAGUUCUUUAUCAAUGGACCGACAGCCUCAGACGUGCGCCAAGGCUGUGAUGGGGAUUGCUGGUUGAUGGCUGCGCUGUGUACGAUGGGCAACAAGGAGGAGCUGAUUGAAAAGAUAUGUGUUGCUCGGGACCAGACCAUUGGGAUCUAUGGCUUUGUGUUCUAUCGCGAUGGAGAAUGGCAGCAAUGCAUCAUUGAUGACAAGCUAUAUCUUCGUGCCGCUGAUUACGAUGAGUCGAUUGACGAGCGUCCGCUUUGGGAUGAUAGCAUUGGCACAGAUGCUGAAGAGGAGUACCGCCGAGUCUGGCAGACAGGCUCUCGAGCAUUGUAUUUUGCACAGUGUGUUGACCCGAAUGAGACUUGGCUGCCUUUGCUGGAAAAGGCAUUUGCCAAAGCCCAUGGUGAUUAUUCAGCAAUUGAAGGUGGUUUUGUGGGAGAAGCUAUCGAAGAUUUGACUGGUGGUGUCACUUCGGAGAUUCUGUCGAAUGAUAUCCUGGACAAAGAUAUGUUCUGGACUGAAGAACUGAUGAAGGUCAACGAAGAGUUCUUAUUCGGUUGUGGAACAGGUCUCUUUUCCAAUUGGUUGGAUCCGAAGUAUAAAGGCCCUCCACGCGAUCGAAAGGGUAUUUCAGAGAACCAUUCAUACUCCAUUAUGGAAGCAAGGGAGAUUAAGGGCAAACGUCUUCUUCGUUUGCGGAACCCGUGGGGCAAGAAAGAAUGGCACGGUGCCUGGGGCGAUGGAUCUGAGCAGUGGACUGCCGAAUGGAUGGAGCUUCUGGGCCAUAAAUUUGGCAACGAUGGGUUUUUCUGGAUCUCUUACAGCGAUCUGCUUCGGAAAUAUCAGCAUUUCGAUCGCACUCGUCUCUUUGGGCCCGAGUGGACUAUCACACAACAGUGGACGACGCUGAAUGUUCCAUGGUCGGCUGAUUACCACAGCACAAAAUUCAUUAUGAAUGUCACCCAAGGCGGCCCAGUCGUCAUUGUCCUUUCCCAGCUUGAUACCCGAUAUUUCAAGGGACUGGCCGGCGAGUACACCUUUGUUCUCAAGUUUCGCGUCCAAAAAGAGGGCGAAGAGGAGUACAUGGUGCGCAGUCACAACAGCCACUUUAUGGACCGAUCUGUCAAUGCUGAGAUCAACCUUGACCCGGGCCGCUACCAUGUUCUGAUGAAGAUCACCGCAUUCCGAAACGAGGAGGUCGAGCCGACUGAGGCGAUUGUCCGCCGCCUUGCAUCAAGCAGAAGGGAAAAACUGGUACAGGUUGGUCUUUCAUAUGAUCUAGCCCACGCCAAGGGUCUGGUUGGCGAGACAGAACAAGAACGCUAUGAGCAAGAGAGAAAGAAAGCCCGCGAGCGCAAGAAGCUCCGUGACGAAACCAAGAGGAGACUGCAAAAGGAAUGGAUUCGCGAGCGCAAGUUGGCUGCAAGAGGACAGCGUAUGGAAGCCCGUCAGCAUUGCCCUGUGAACAAUGGCUCGAUGAACGGCCCAAUGCCCUCGCAGAUCACACAGAUUCUAGGCGAGAAGCCUACCGCCUCGCCUACAGAUAGCAUCUCCAGUGAUAACAGUGACCGGCGGCCGACUCCCAACAGCUCGGUCCCCACUAUCCAGUUCAAUGGGCUACAUGCUAGACCCACAUCAAGUGGUCACCGCGCUCGACGGACGGACUCGCCACGACCGAGCCUGAAUACACGUCUGGCCACAGAUAAUCUGGACAUGAGCGACUUGGAGUUGUUGGAGGGGUUUGAAUUUGACAGCGAUCUUGACAUGCCUCCUGACGAGGCAGACAACAAGUCCGCCAACCGGAUGCCCGAGAUUGAGGGACCUGCUGCCGAUCCGUGGAAUGCAGUAUGUGUGGUUGGACUGCGUGUCUACUCCAAGGACCCGAAGCUCAGCCUCGAGGUUAUGCAACCGGUGCCGGAUGACGAUACGGAAGCUCCUCUGGACAUUGAUGACCCAGCUGCGUCCGCGACUAUUGAGAAGUCGUUUUGGAAUCAAGGCCAUCCACAUGCAUAA